AACACAUCCUGCAUGAAAUUAUAAUUUUUUUACUGCCACAAGUUUAGUAACAUCGUCUGUUUAAAUAUCGGAGGAUUUUAUAAUGUUUUUGUAUUUUCUAAUUAUACCCGCUUUCUUUUAUCCAAUAUUUUGUGAUGAAAGGGUAAACAGGGUUAAGAGAAUUGUAGGUGGAAUACCCGCAGAUGUCCCUCCCGCCGAUGAUCCAGUAGUUUAUACUAGAUACGCUGGAAAAUCGGCAAAGGUUACGGGUUUCAGAGACUUCCCGCAUUACGUCUUCAGGGGAAUUAAAUAUGCGCAUCCACCAACGGAAAAAAAUCGUUUCCUGAGACCAAGAGAAAAGCUUUUAGAAGGCGACGUCAAUGCAACUAAGUUUUCUGAGCCUUGUAUUCAACCUCGGCCUGGAACUAAUACUGUGAUUGGAAGUGAGGACUGCCUUGCAUUGAAUGUUUUUACUCCAGAGUUACCUACUGGACUAGAAGGUCUCCCUGUUGUUGUUUGGAUACAUGGAGGUGGAUUUAGAUAUGGAUCGGCUUCACAGUAUGGGGUCCGUCACUUGGUAGGAAGGCGUCUAGUGAUAGUUACCAUUCAGUACCGUUUGGGUUCACUUGGAUUUUUGAGUUCAGGAGAUAAGCAUCUGCCUGGGAACGUGGCUUUAUGGGAUAUGGUACAAGCUGUUCAGUGGGUCCGAAAUUACAUAGGAUUUUUUGGCGGGAACCCUUACAGAAUUGUUGUGAUGGGUCACGGAACUGGCGCUAGCAGUGCGUUACUUGUUGCUUUGUCAAAAAUCGCGAAAGGCAUAGCAAGUGGCGUCAUAGCUAUGUCAGGCAGUGCCAUCUCAAACUGGGCUGUGGAUCAUUUUCCUCAAAAUACAGCCAAAAACGUAGCUGAUGAAAAUGGUUGUCCAACAUCAUCCACCGUUACUAUGGUUAAAUGCUUGCAGAAUUUACCUCCAGAUUCCAUUAUAAGAGGUGACUCUGAUAUUGAAUUUCAAAGACUUCAGUCUAGAGGAUUCAUGUCUGGGCUGUCAGGGGGACUUGGUACUGCCCCAGUUUCCGAGGGAUAUAAUGACGGUCGUUCGUUACCAGGGUUAGUUGAGGAUGAACCAAUCAAUGAUUUGAAUAAUGCAAAGAAUCCUAAGAUUCCCUUACUCACGGGGAUCACCAGGGAUGAAACUAAAAGGGCUGUGAAAGGCCAUUUAAGAAAAGAUAUUGAAGAUAAACUGACCACGGUACCAAAUUUCUUGAAUAAUGUUUUAGUGAAACAAUUGAGAGAAACUCUUCUCACUGACAACUUAGUUCAGGGAAGAUCUGGUCUGUCCACAAAUUCCCUCUUGCCUCUUAAUUUUGGAAAUUAUCUACAAAACCAAGUACAAAACCUACAGACGGCAAUAGAUAAAGUUGCUGAAGCUACAGGUGAUGUACUAUUUAACUUACCCGCAUUCCUAACUGUUAAUCGUUGGUCUCAAAAUGGAGCACCUACUUUUUUAUAUAGUUUUGAACACUUGGGAAAUCGUCAGAAAGGGGAUGUUUUCUUACGAGGGUCGCCUGUUAUUGGAAAUGACACGAUUAAAAUAGAUGAAGAUUUUAACAAUACAAUCGGACAUGGCGACGAUUUGGCCUAUUUAUUUGAUGUGUAUGAUGUAGAAGGUAACUCUCUGGAAACUGAGAACAUAGUUACUGAAGAUGAUAAAAAAGUGCGCAGUAUUUUUACGGAAAUGAUAUCAGAUUUUGCCCGUUACGGAAAAGUACAUAUUGAAGGCCGUGACGUGGACCCGUUUUCUGCCGACAAAAAUAAUUUCAUACAAAUUAAAGCGAAACCUUCCUUGUCCAAUAAUUUCAGAGAUUGUGAGAUGGCUCUUUGGAGCAACUUGGUAGAAAAGCUGAAAAGUGACUCGUGUGCAUUUUUAGAUCCUUUCAAUAUCAAAACUUUGUCUGACAAUAUACCUCUAACACCGCUAUUGAAUAAUAAUACUGUAGUUAAUAUUCUUUCAAAACCGAAUAUGAAAGAUGUUCCAAUAGUUAAAGAUCCGAUAAAUAUCUUGGGUGGUAGAAGUGGAGGUAAGAACAAAAAGAAACAAAAUUCUAUUCUAGGUCUUAUCGGUUAAAAAAUAACAAUUUGUAUAAUAUUUAAUACACUUACAC